AUGUACUCCGGUUCUCAUCAGAGGUCAUCCUCAAAUCCCCGGUCGUAUGCCGCACCGGAUGCGAGUGCUUUGAACGCGCGAAGAGACGAUAGCGCUACUCAAGCAGUCUACGGAGCGGAUGAUGGGUACAGCGCCUAUCAACAUGCUGGAUAUGGCGGUGUGAGUAAUGUCGGAGGAUACGGAGGGUACAACAGUGGUAUCAAUCUUGGUGCAUACGCUGCUGCUUCCUCAUCACCGUCUGCUCCUUCCGGCUCUCGGAGGACGUCUGGCCCGAAAAUGGCCACCCCUCCUCAAGCGUCGACUGCCAGCGCUGCUAAUCCCUCUCCAUCUUCACGAUACUACCCUACAUCUCAAAUCCAGCAACCUGCUGAUGCAUCUGGCCAUCACCAAUCACCUUAUCAGCCGUCGUCAGCUCCACCGCAAGCGCUGAGUCACCAUCAUUCUUCAUUGCCCACUCAACCUCAGACGGCUCACCCUUAUGCCAGCCAAUAUGCACAUUAUUAUGAUCAACAAGGUCAACAUUCCAGUCAAUGGGCCAACUAUCCUUCCGCUUCAACCCAUAGCUAUGCCUCACAAUCGUCAGCCCCAAGGAGCACCGCACAGUCUACCACCACUCCCACCAUGCCUCACAGUGCAACUGUCGGGGAAGCACAUCAUCGAUCAUCGGGGAACAACAGUUCGUCGUCCUAUGAUUAUCCAAGUGCAACUACCGCUUAUCAAUCAUGGCCCACAAAUGAGCAAUCUCGCGGCUCAUCUAGUCAACAACAUCAACAGCAACAACAGCAACAGCAAGCUUGGCAACAACAGCAGCAACAGCAACAACAACAACAAGCACAGACCACAUCUUCCCGUCAACCUCAAGCUCAAAGUAGUCAGUCUUCGAUGAUGCAACAAACCGGAUGGCAAGGUUACGGUGGGCACCCUUCAAUGUCACAAACAAUGCCUCCUCAUCACCUGGCGUCGAAUCAAUACGGAUGGCAACCACAGUGGAACGGUCAACAAUACGGCUAUCCGCCUGCCCCGGCUGCUCAUACCCAAAGCACGCAUGCUCAAGUUCCUCAUUCAGCGACUUCCGGCGCUCAUUCAGCUGUACCUGCUCCAGCUCAUUUUACCGGAAAGAAGCCUAAAAAGGAGAAGGUUCCAAAGCCUGAGAAGCAACCCAAACCACCCAAACAACCCAAACAAGACAAACAUGACAAACAUGCUGUACGUGAGCCAGUAGAGGAAUACAAGGGUUUAGGUAAAAGACACGUUGAGUCUGGUCCUGAAGGAGAGAUCGAAGAGAAAAAAGAUGGUAAGAAGAAGAAAGGAAAGAAGGACGAGGAGAAACCGCCUCCCAAAGCGCCAGCCAAGUCCCACCUUCACCCACCUCGACAAGCUCAAUCCGCUUGGCAGCUCUUCUUCACCGAUGAGCUCAACAAAGCCAAAGCAGCCGCUGCUCAAGGCAAUUCACCUGGAGGUACACCUCACCAUGCUAAAUUGAACGUCGCUCAAAUCGCCAAAGACGCGGGUGUAGCCUAUGCGACUCUCGACGAGGAACAGAAAAAGCUCUACGCCCAAAAAGUUCAGGAGAGCAAAGAACUACACGCCAAAGAACUCGCUGCUUGGCAAGCCACACUUACUCCUGAGGAUAUCAAAGCUGAAAAUGCCUUUCGUGCUCAACAACGUAAAGAGGGUAAAUCAAGGAAAGGUAAUCUUAAAGAUCCUAAUGCACCAAAGAAACCUUUAUCUGCGUAUUUCUUGUUCCUCAAAGGUAUUAGAGAAAACGAUGAUAUCAGAGCGACGGUUUGGGGCGAAGAAUCAGAAACUACCAAGCAGAGUGUCUUGGCUGCUGAGAAAUGGAGGAGUCUGAGUGAUGACGAGAAGAAACCGUACCUGCAACAAGCCGAACAUGACAAGCAAGAGUAUGAGGCUGCUCGUAAAGUCUAUGAAGAGGAAGCUGCUGCUCGCGCUCGUGGAGAAGAUGUACCUCGACGACCUCCUGUUGUACCCGAAUCUUCCUCGCACCCGGCUCCUGCACCUACAUCGCUACUAAAACACGAAAUUGGUGAUCAUACCUCAUCCGAUUCUGUCAAGCCAUCAUCCCCAGCUGGCGACGCGGCGCCCUCUUCUGAACCAAACUUUACAGGGUUUGAAGCAGGAGACAUUCCUGGAUCAAGCGACAACACCCCUGCUCAGACUGCAGGUGAUUUUGAGAUCGACGACUUCAAGGGUUUCACUGAUCCUUUACAGGAUAUUGAUUUGGCUGGUCUCGAAGGAAUCACAGCGGGUGGAGAUGGCAACGAACCCCAAUGGGAUGAAUUGCAGAAACUGAUGGGAACAACAGAUGAUGGAUUUGACAACUCGUCCGAAGAAAAACCAGCUCAUUUUGGUGACACGGUCAAGAAUGAGUUAUCCGAAACUGCCGAUAUAUCAGUAGCGCCUUCGAUGGCGGAAGCUACAGCAGAUUUCAGUGACAGUCAACGAAUUGAAGCUAUCCAAACCGAAGCUGAAGUACAAGAUCUUGCUCGUCAAGCAGAAGGCACAUCAGUCGUACCACGAACUCUGCCUCAAAUGAAUCAAGAAGGAUCUGGUGUACCAACAGAAGAAGUUAGUGAAUUACCUCCUGCUGGCAUUUCGGUAGCGGAUGAUGUCUCGGUACCAACCGAAGUGGCCACGACAGUAUCUAGUGGAGAAGGCGAACGAGAUGUUCAAUCUUUUGGAGACGGCUUGUCGUCUCUUCCUGCCGUGGACGGUGUGUGA